GUGCGACAUACAUUAAUGACGCAGUUCCACUCAGUGCUGUAGUUACAAAUCUUGCUGAUGACAACACUGAUGGAUUGUUAAGUUACAAUGAUCCUUGUCCAAACGAACUAGAGGAGCCUUUAUCAAGCAAUAAACUAUUUUCAAAUCCUGGUGAGUUACCAACGUUUUCAAAUGUAUCACCUACAGUUCCAAUGGCAAGCAACACGAGGUACAGCAACAGUGGGAGAUCCAGUAAGGAGUCCCAAGAAAAAUCUAAUUCCUUGGAGAGUAGCUUAUCAAAUAAAAGUCUAGGUUUGAUCAUGCAGUAAGGCAGUUGGUGAAGUGCACAGUAACAGUGAGAGAUCCAAUAAUCAGAAAUUACCCGACAAGUCUAGUUCCUCAGACGAUGCAUUAUCAGAUGGAAGUCUUGGCUUAGAAAAUAAGCCAGCUGUUGAAGCGCGCAGUAACAGUGAGAGAUCCAGCAGUAUUAAGGGAUUUCGAAACAAACCUAUUUCCUCAGAUGGUAGAUUGUCAGAUGAAAUUCUUGGCUUCGAAAAUAAGCCAGCUGCGCGCAGUAACAGUGAGAGAUCCAGUAUGGAAUCGGCACGGGACAAAUCAAAUUCCUCAGACAAUAGACUAUCAGAUAGAAGUCCUGAUUUAGUGAAUAAGCCAGUUGGUGACGUAUUGUCGAUGUCAAGUUAUUCUGACAAUUUUGAAUCUGAUGCAAGUGACCAUACACGAGGCAGUAGUGCAAGUUGA